AUGACGCAAUACUUCGACAGCGCCUUCGCCAACCAAGAUCACUGUGAGAGGGACAAGGUGUGCAGUGUCCUACUAAGCGGCCUGGUUGCCAGCGCCUUUGGUGGAUUUAUCGGAGGCGGCGGCGGUGGCCUCGGCGGUGGUCUUGGCGGUGGAUACGUUGGUGGAGGUGGUCUCGGAGGCUAUGGCGGAGGCUACGGAGGAGGCUACGGCGGAGGAGGCCUCGGAGGAGGUGGUGGCAACGUUGGUGUCGGAAGCAGCGUAGUCCUGCUGAACGGCGGCAGAGCGGGCGGCGGCAGGUCCGUCGCUGGACCGGCCUUCCUAGUCCGGACUGUGCACCACGUCUCUCAGGUUCAAGGCGGCGGAGCCGUAGUAGCCCACUCCGGUCUCGGAGGGGUCGGCGGAGGUGUCGGAGGUGCAGGUCUCGGCGGUGGUCUCGGAGGAUUUGCAGGUGGCGUCACCUACGCCGGCACGGGAUACGGAGGUCUAGGUGGAGGAUACGGUGGCUACGGUGGAUACGGUGGUUAUGGUGGUUACGGAGGCUACGGAGGCUACGGUGGCUACGGCUGGCACCGGCGGACGGCGGAGGCAAGGUCGUCGUAG